GCUGCGGGAGGGGAGCCGGGGCACACCGUGGGACGGGAGCCGGGGCACACCGGGGGACGGGAGGCGGGGCACACCGUGGGACGGAAGCCGGGCCCCCCCUGCCCGCUCACCCCACCCAGGCCGGGGCCGCGCGCGCGCAGCGAGAGGCGGCAGCGCGCAUGCGCAGCGGGCAGGGCGCGUGUCGCCCCCUAACGGCGGCUCUGGCCCCCCCAGACGUUCGGCCUCGGGUUCGAGUCCCGGCGCUGCCCGUUGGCACCGGCCACUGCGGGCUGUGGUUAAUCCCGGGCUGUGCCGCUUCAGGGCGUCCAGGAGAAGCGACCAUGUCCAUCGCCUACUCCAACACCAACAUGAGAGUGCCCGCCGGCUUCCGGAACCUGCUGGAGGGGCUGGCGCGGGAAGUGCUGCGGGAACAGCCCACCAACGUGGUGGCCUUUGCAGCUCAGCACUUCCAAAAGCUGCUGGAGCAGAGAGAGGCUGGUGGCACUGACCCGGUGGCGUGGGGAGCCAUGCUGGAGGACGACCAUCUCACCUGGCCUCCUUCCCAGGAUUUUUUUAACACCUCGGUGCCACCAUCUCAAACCACGACGGCGGGAUGUUCUCAGCAGGUCUUGCCAGAUGCACUUCCCCUUCUCCCUUUGCAAAAUCUGAGUUGUCUCCUUGGAAUCCGAAUUUUGGAGGUUCUGGAGCACCUGAAAAAUCAUCUUCCAGAUGAAGGGGUCCAGGGAGGAAAAAUGCGGAGCCUGGAACAGGUUCAAAACCCGCCAUUAAUGAUUAGAAAUGUUCUGGCAUUUCGCGUCCCUCCUCCGCAGCCACAGCCUGCGGGAGACGGCGGCGCUCGGCGGCUGUGCCAGGACCCGGGUGCCACGGAUGGAGCAGUUUUUGGGGGCUAAUUGAGGGACUAAUCCUAAUUUUGGGGCUCUUCUCAGA